AUAUUUAUUUACUGUAAUGUUUUAAACUUCGAAUUGUAAUAAAAAAAAUCUCAAAGUAAUAUGCUUAAUAGUUGGAUUAUGGUGAUAAACCAAAUUGAGCCUCAGAACUUCAGAUAUUGGUAUUAGUGAUUGCAGAUGAUUCAUGCUAUUCGGUCUAAUACUGAGAUGUAAAAUGGUGAAAUAUAUUUUAGACAUAAUUUUUAGAAACUGUUCCAAAAUGUGUUUCCAUUUACCAUAGGUACACAGAAGAGCUAGGCAUUAGGCAGGGCUGCAGAAUUUCUGCAUAAUUUCCAGCCUACUGACAUUUCCCAAAAGCACAAAUAAAUCCUCAAACUUCCAAUAAUUUAGGCAUUGGAAAAUAAAUAAUGUCACAUUUUCAUGCUAUUUACUCUUAUUUAUCAUAAAACAAGGCAGUUACUGGACAGCGAGAGUUUGUCUGAUCGCAUUCCAACAACGCAAGGCUGAGCCAAAAAAUGACACGUCUAGGAGGGGUUUCCUUCUUCUUUAAAUAUUUAUUAAGGUCCCUGAAUUGUCGGACCCCAGCAGUUUAGCUCACACACGAGACCAGUCUCUGUUAGAUUAAGAAUUUGCUGGAGAAUGGAUUCCUACAGACCAGUCAUCUCAUUUAUUAUUUUAAUCUCCUUCCAUAUGGGAUUUUCACUGCGCUGUGCCUGCACUGAAGACCUAACAGCUUGCAAAACUAUUCACAACAUGCAAGUUGACUUCAAAACUGCCCAACAGUUCUGCAUGGAAAGUGGAGGCAAAUUACUAAAACACUCGAGUACAAUUAUCGAGAGUUUGCUUUUCAACAAAUCAGGACACUACUGGAUUGGAGUGGAAGACGACUGCUUAAGCAGCAGGAAAAGUUCUCGAGGUGAUUCUGUGACUCUGAACAGAGGAGAGGAAGAUGUGGAAUGUUCCUCGCGGUGCAUGUCGGUUUCUGGUCACAGGACGUUAACUGAGCAUAAAUGCGAGGAACAAGUCGACGGCUUUUUGUGUGAUGGCAUUCAAUGGGAAACCUGCUGGGAAUUUAAAACAACAGAAGUGCAAAUUCUGGAUGCCGUAGACUGUAUGCUUAGUCCAUGCGAAUACGUGUGCGAUGAAGUCCCCGGAGGUCACAUGUGUACCUGUUCUACAGAUUACAGGCUCAGCAGGAAAGAUCCUCACCAUUGUGACUACUACUGUGACUCAGAGACCUGCCCAUUGCGUUGCCCCGAGUGCACGUGUCCUGAAGGCUUCGUCAAAGAUGAGACUGAUUGCAUCGAUAUAAACGAAUGCACAUCAAAUCACAAUUGUGCACAAAAGUGCAUGAACACAAUCGGAGGUUACAUGUGCUCUUGCCGUGAAGGGUUUGUGCUGGUAAACACCUCUGAAUGUGUUCCUCUUGUAAAUCCUACUCCAUUGUCUGCCGCGCUUGUUACACCAUCUGUAAAUUACACGUUGGGUCGUGCAGCUUUUGCGACUUCAGCAGAGUAUCUUGGUCUAACACUUUUUUUAGUCCUAAUCUUAUUUGGUCUAAUAGGAUUUCUGUAUUAUUUGCAAAAAAAGAAAUCUGAUGUACUUCUGAAAGAUACUGAUUCUCCAGAUCAGAUCACAGUUCAUGAGACACAGUUACAUUUUUAAUCAGCUUAUUGUCUUUAUAAAGGUUAGGAACUUUGUGGAUGACUUUAAAUUUGUCAAUUUAAGUUACAUGUUGAAGUAAAUGAAGUAUUAUUAUUAUCAGUAUUAGUAUUAUUAUUAUUACAUUUUGAGUUUGAACCAGUGUACAUAUUUAUUGCUAAAAUGAUUGUCACAAUGUGUGGUUAUAUUUUUUACAACGAAAGGAUUCAUGAUACAAAGUGUUGUAUACCAAAUGUCAUAUCUGACAUCAUAUACUUCUUUUUUUUAAUCAGUGACCCAUUGUUGAACCAUAUAUGUAACUAAGAAUAUUAUAUUAUAUGGAUUUAACUCUCUAAAUAAUACAUAUACAAACAAAGAAAGUGCAAGGGGUUCCAGGAUGUCGUUUAUAUAUGAAUUUUAGUGUACUUUGUUAUUAAAUGUUACAUUUUAGCAUAUUCUUGAUUGUAUCAAGGUUUAUAUACUACAAUUGUGACUUUAGGACAUCCUUGAGUUUUAAUCAGGCAUUCAAGCAAUAAUUUAAUAACUGAAAUUGCAUGGUUUGAGAUGACAAUAAAUAUGGUAAUAUUAGCUAAACUUGUGGGUUUAUUUCACAUCAUGUGAAAUAUUGACACAUUUUCAGUGGCAACACUUAGCAGCUUUUGUUAGUUGUUUUGGGUAUAAACUCAAGAAAUAAACCCACUUAGUUUCAAACUGUUACUAAUUUCAAAACACCAUUGAUGCUGCUGAUCUUCUAAAAAUGCAUUGCUUUGCUCAGUUAAGUUUGUCACCUGAUGUUACUUUAUUUAGCUACAUUUAUUGAAGGAAAUCAAUCUAAAAUUAGUUGAUAAAAUAGAACUAAGUUUAUUCUCCAUUUGAAUAAACAAUUCAGUUUAGUUAUUUUAGAGGAAAUGAAUGUCAGAAUGACUAAAGGCUAAAAAGAUAUUUUUAAUAGGAAAAAAGUAAAUCAUAGUAAACUUUAGUUUGUUUUUCUUUUUUUGGGGGGGAAAUCUUUUUAACCCAUGUGUUCUCUUUGGGUAAAAUGACAAAAUUAUAUAAAGAAGGGGAAUCUUUUUUUUUUUUUCUUUCUUUCAAUAUGAAACUCUGUAUUCUUGGAUCAUUUUCAUGUUAACAGACAAAUAAAAAUUUUGGGAGCAUCUCCUA